GUUGUUUAUAUGUUUCGGUGUGAAUGACAGUUGGUUUUUAAAGUUUCGAUUUUUGAGUGAAAUUCGUGGGUUUUUUGUGUUUUGAGAGCGGUUUUAGAAUGUCGAGUGACAGCGUGAAAAAUUUUUCCGGGCUUGAGACCGCUGGUUAUGUGGGAUUUGCUAAUUUGCCAAACCAAGUUCACAGAAAAUCAGUUAAAAAAGGUUUCGAGUUCACCUUAAUGGUAGUUGGGGAAAGUGGCUUGGGAAAAUCAACACUUGUAAAUGCCUUAUUUUUGACCGAUUUAUAUCCAGAAAGAUUAAUACCAGAUGCCAUUGAAAAAAUGAAGCAAACCGUCAAACUCGAGCCUUCGACUGUCGAAAUUGAAGAAAGGGGUGUCAAACUACGCCUCACUGUAGUAGACACCCCCGGCUAUGGAGAUGCUAUAGACAACACCGACUCUUUCUCCGAAAUAAUCACUUUUAUCGACGACCAGUUUGAAAGAUUUUUGUGCGACGAAUCGGGUUUGAACCGAAAAAACAUAAUGGACAACCGCAUACACUGCUGCUUUUACUUUAUAUCGCCUUUCGGACACGGUUUGAAACCCUUGGACGUCGAGUUCAUGAAACAGCUGCACAACAAAGUCAACAUCGUGCCGGUAAUAGCCAAAGCGGACGUGCUGACGAAAAAGGAGAUGCAAAAGUUGAAGAAGAAGGUAAUGGACGAGAUAAAAGAGCACGGCAUCCGCAUCUACAGCCUGCCGGAGUGCGAUUCGGACGAGGACGAGGAGUACAAGGAGCAGGUGCGCCAGCUGAAGCAGGCCGUGCCGUUUGCGGUGUGCGGCGCCAACACGCUGCUCGAGGUGAGGGGCAGGAAGGUGAGGGGGCGGCUGUACCCGUGGGGCGUGGUGGAGGUGGAGAACCCGGAGCACUGCGAUUUCAUCAAGCUGCGGACGAUGCUGAUCACUCACAUGCAGGAUCUGCAGGAGAUCACGCAGCAGGUUCAUUACGAGAAUUACAGGUCGGAGAGGCUGGCCAAGGGGGCCCCCAUGCCCAAGAACAGGAAUACUAUUUCCGAAACUGAAAAAUCCAACAAUAUGAACACUGAAAAGGACAGAAUCCUCCAAGAAAAAGAAGCCGAACUGAAACGCAUGCAAGAAAUGAUAGCAGUCAUGCAAGCCAAAAUGCAGCAACAGCAAUAAUAGACUUAGGACUAAAAACUGCAUAUCAAAUAUUUAACUUAAAAGAAGAAAGAUAUCUUUAUUCGUUUUUGUAUGUAUUAUAAUUUUAUAUUUUAUAUAUUUCUGCUCAUAUAAUUAUGUAUCUCAUGACGUGUGUUUUUGUAUUAUUUUUUUUACGAUUUUAAGACUUAAGCGAUUUUGUAUACCGGUUAUAGUGUGUUCAGAAUCUGGAAAAUUUUGGGUUUUUUAUUUUGCUUUAUAACUUUGACAUUUUAUGGAAUUUCAACGUGAAAUUUGAAGUGUACUUGGGUUGUACUUUUUUUAAUAUUGAGCUUCCAUUUUUAAAGUCAUAUCUAUGGUAAUUUUAAAGUAAUGGAUAAAAUGUUAAAUAUAGAAUAGCUUGAAAACUAAUGAAGCCAGACAUAUGAAAUUCGUUAUAUACUUCAAUAUUACCAGUAUUACCAACA